AUGAAUCCUGAUUGGAUGGUUUAUUUUCCUGAUUCCUGUCUUAAGAAUUUUCCUUUUCUAGCAUCUGAUCAUUGUCCCAUCCUGUUAGAUCCAUCUCCUAACGAUGUUUGCAGUGCAAAAAAUUGGAAGUUCUUUGAAUGUUGGUUAAGGGACAAAACUUGCAAAGAUCAAAUUACAAACUCCUGGUCUAAGCAAUUUCGAGGUUCACCUGGGUUUGUUCUUGACAAGAAACUUUCAGACACAAGAAGAGAGCUCUCAAAUUGGAACAGAAAUACUUUUAGUAACAUACAAGGAAAUCUCAAAGUCCUACAUCAGCAACUAAGUGAUCUCCAACAACCAACUGAGAAUGGCAGUGAUAAUACACUCUUAGUCCAAGAUGUUGAGAAAAAUAUUAAAGAAUGGCAUAAACGUGAGGAAGUCUUCUAUAGGAAAAAAUCUAGAGAGGUUUUCUUUAAUGAAGUGGACCAAAUCACCAAACACUUUCACCUUCAAGCCAAUAAAAGAAGGGCUAAAAACAGAAUUGAGUCUCUCAAAAGACAAGAUAGAAGCUGGUGCAGUAGAAAGAAUCAACUUGAAACCCUCCUAACUGAUCAUUUUAAGAACAUCAUGACUACAUCAAAUCCUCCAUGUAAUGAUGCUUUACUGAAUCUAGUGCCUCCAUACAUUACUGAGGAAGACAAUACUCUUCUUACAAAGAUACGAGAUGAAGCAAAAAUUCAUAAUACUCUUAAGCAGAUGCAACCAUGGAAAGCUCCAGGGCCGGAUGGUUUCUCACCUGGAUUUUUUCAGUGUGACUGGUGUACUUUCAAGGAUGAUGUUAUCAAAAUGGUGCAGAAUUUCUUCUGUACGGGAAGAUUGCUUAAGAAGAUAAACUAG